GUGUUGAAAGAGUCCAGUUAUCCUGUUGCUGUCAUGGACCUCAGCGCAGUGUCGCUGUCCUUCCUCCUGUUGUCUCUGAGCUGGUCCAGAGGAGCUGUCAUCACAGGGGCCUGUGAGAGAGACAUGCAGUGUGGUUUUGGUCUUUGCUGUGCCGUCAGUCUGUGGCUAGGGGGUCUGAGGAUGUGCAUCCCAAGAGGUGUGGAAGGAGACGAAUGCCACCCCUUCAGCCACAAGGUGCCGUAUGCAGGGAAAAGGCUACAUCACACUUGCCCCUGCCUCUCCCACUUGGUAUGCACCAGGUAUGCUGACAGCAAGUAUAGAUGUACUGAAGACUUCAAAAACAUGGACUAUUAACAGAUGCCCAUAGACUGAAAAGAAGAUGAGCUCAGCA